AUGGCUCCAGUAUAUUAUCGCUCUCGGGAGAAGGAUCUCGAUAUUCCGCAACUGGAUCUGCUUACGCUCCUAUUCGUCGUAACAGAAUCCACCGUAUGUCUCGCAAAAGAAGACACAAAGGUACACGUUGAGGCAGCCAACCCACACAACUUUGUUACCAAGUCCGAUGCCCGCGAUCUGGUGAAACGUGUCGCAUAUGCUCUUCGAGAACAGUUCGAUGUUGGCAGACAUGCUCCAGGCAAGGACGUCGUGCUUUCGAUCUGCAAUGGAAGUGUGUUCCUGCCCAAUCUCUUCUAUGCCGUGCUGGCAGCAGGUGGUAUCUUCAGCUCGGCGAGCACCUCUUUCACAGCGCCAGAGAUUGCUCGCCAGAUUGACGACGGUGGUGCAAGCGUGUUAGUUUGCUCAGCAGAUUGUCUCGAAGUCACAAUAGCUGCAGCAAAGCUAUCCGGUAUCGCCGCGCAGCGUAUAAUUGUGCUGGACAAUGACCGCCCUGGUCGCUUCAGAUUAUUGCAAGCUGAUAACAGCCGCGAUGUGCUGGCAGCGUGCAAAGGCCAGAAGCUGAACUGGCCCCGGAUAGAAGACCCAAAGAUACUCGCGUCGCAGACAAUAGCCCUGUUGUACUCAUCUGGCACUACAGGGUUGCCUAAAGGCGUGCGCAUCGCUCACCAAGGUCUGGUGGCGAAUUUGGUCGUGACCAUGCAUGUAGCUCGUAAGUUCAAGAAGCGAGAUCCCACAUUUCGCUUUGAUACCAUCGCCCACCUACCCAUGGGGAUUGCAGGCAUCGACAUGUAUUCUACAAAUCCAUUCUACAUGGGCGGCACAACGUACUGGAUGCCGAAGUACGAAUUCCAUGCCUUCAUAGAAUAUCACCGACGGUACAGGCCUGGUUUCCAGUUCACGGUGCCUCCGGUGUGGCUACGUAUUGCCAAGUCCGCUGAAGUCACAGACCAUUUCGACGGCCUGAGAGUGGCCACGACGGGUUCUGCCCCGCUAGGCUAUGCAACUGCUCAGCAAGUGCGGCAGAAGCUCGGUAGGGGAAAUGCGCUCAUGACACAGACCUACGGCACGACAGAGACGAGCGGCUCGGUAUGCUCCCAGGACUACCAUAUUGUGGAUGAGACGUGGAGUGUCGGCGACCUUUGUCCGAAUACGACGGCACGUCUUGUGGACGAACAGGAUCAAGACGUGCCACCCAAUGAGCCUGGCGAGCUACUGCUUGCAGGACCAAUUCUUUCCCAGGGGUAUCACAAUCGUCCGGAUAUCAACAAAGACGCCUUCCUUGACGGCUUCUACCGAACUGGAGACAUCGCCACUAUCAUCAACAAUCGUGUGUAUAUCGUGGAUCGCAAAAAAGAGUUGAUCAAGUACAAGGCUAUGCAGAUAGCGCCUGCAGAACUUGAGGCACUCUUGAUCUCACAUCCGAAAAUCGCAGAUGCGGCCGUCAUUGGCGUCUGGGACGCGGCCCAGCAGACCGAGGUGCCCAGAGCGUAUGUGGUGCAUGCUGUUGGGGCUUCAAACAUCACCGAGAAGGAGGUGCGAGACUUCGUUAAAAACAAUCUGGCUCCAUACAAACAGCUUCGUGGCGGGGUGGUCUUCUUGCCUGAGAUUCCGAAGAGCAUGUCCGGGAAGAUUCUGAGGAAAGAAUUGAGGGCUGCGGCUGAGCCUGCUCCCCGGCCAAAGCUAUAG